AUGGCUGCUCAGCCAUUCACAUCUGAAACCAUGCGCAGUGGAGAGAAAGGGGAUAAGGGUGAGAAGAAGACGUUGCAGCAGUUCUCUGACAUGAAAGAUCGCUUUGUGCUGUUGACAGUCGGCACUUUGGUCGUCUUUGACCCACACGAUCCCGACCUCGAACUUGCUGAAGGCGUAAAGAUUCCAAGAGUUUUGUGGAAUCAACAACGUGUGCAGCCACCCCGGUAUGCUUGUGGUCAGCACAGCGAUGACGUGACUCAGCAUGUGGGAGACAACGUGUCCUUAGAACGUUCCUUGUACUUUGCUCUGGUGAACCUGCUGGCCCAUCUCUGUGCUGACCGGAAUACAGCCAGCGCGGCAUUGCUCUCGCGACACAUUCCAGACUCGGUAGUGAAGGCUCAGCUGGUGCAACAGGAAACCUUGAUGAACGCAGGCCUCCGCUUUGUGCCACCCGGGGAGCUGCUCCAGAGUGCCUUGGCCGACCCGAACGUAGAAGCGCGUGACCUGGGUGACAUCAGUGAUCUGGCAGGGCUUUGUGCACACACCUUCCUUCUGCUCUACGGGUUUUUGGGCCAGCCCCCGUUCUCCGACGAGGAGCGUCGUAGCACCAUUAUCAAGUCUGUGUACCUUGAUGGCCGGCGAGCCGAUGAUGACGAUACCGUGUACGACGAAGCCGGAUCCAACCUCGUCCUUGCCAGCCAAUCGCUUCAAUCUCUUUGCCAUAUGUGCUCCUGGCAGCUAGCAUCACUUGCUGACCUGUGCGAGAACAUGUGCAUGUUCAACAACAAGCCAAUGCCCAAGCCACCCAUCGCGUUUACGGAUGCAAUGAGCGCCUUGAUCAGCGCGCUCAGCAAGAUGUUGAGCAAACUGAUUGGCUUGGGUUAUUUCGAGCGCUUUCGGAUGCAUCACAGCAAUGCUGGUGAUUUGACGAAAGAUUAUGCGAACAUCUACAAAAUAGAUCACCUUGUCAGCAUCUUCACGCUCAUGCACAGGCUGCAACGGACACACCGUAGCGUCACCACACCUCUCUUUGUUGCAGGUCUCGCAGAUGUUUGUCGCGUCAUAAAUCAAUGCUGCGCAUUGUCCGUGAAUGAGAACAUCCUUCAGUUCAUGUCCGGCUUUCUCGAGUUCCUGCCUCCUUCCAUCCGCAAAAAAGUUGGGGCUAGCGGCGUGGCGGUAAACGAGAACGCACCAGCAAAAAGCAUUACCAGCUUUGAAAUCGAAGAGUGCGAGAGUGUGGAGAAGGUGCUGGCAGAUCUGGGAAAGCCGUCUUUGCCAUGGGAAGCAGAGCAGGUUGGAGUGUCAGACGCUGCACGCAAUCUGGCGGAAUUCGUGACUGUCUUGCUUGACUUUGUCUCGUUGCCUGACGCACGUCUGGCCAUUCAAGCAGUUCGUUUGCUUGCACGCUUGUGCCGCCGCCGAAAAGACUUCCUCGAAGCCAUAGAUCGCCUGGAGCUGCUUGACAUGGAUGAUGCUGAGAAGUUUAACUCCUUGGAAACGUGGGUGAAGGAGGCCGACAAGGUGAUUGACAAGAUCAACCAGCUAGAACAGAACAUGCGAGAGGAACAGAGCUUUGCUGACAGGGAGGGGUUGGAGCACUACUCACAGCAGUUCGAAGCCAAUGACUGGAACGAAGACGAUUUACAGAGCCCACAGGUGGAGCUGAAGGACAAAGCUGAUCGCCUGCUGGAGUACGCAGACCGGAAACAAGCCCGUCAGCAAGUUGUUCGGAUGGCGGCAACAAAUCUCCAAGGCGAUGCUCGCAUGCUGAACUUUGACUUUGAGGUCAAAAGCUUGCCAAAGAGGGAGUCGGCAACCCCGGGUGAGGACGACGAUGACGAGAAUCGGCCCUGCCCACUUUUCAUUGGAGUUCUGGGUGCUGGGUGGUUGCCUCCAAAGGAGGAGGCGGAUGUGAAGAUGAAUCGCUUCAAACCGCCAAGUGAGUUCUUUGGCUGCGACGAACUGGGUCAGCUCUACAUUCGCGGCCAGGCAAUCAACGACACAUUCGGAGGUUUUUUUCAGGGUAGCUGUGUUGGUAUCGAGCUGGACUACACGGGGGUGAACCCAAAGCUCUUCAUAUAUGUCGAUGGCUAUAGAACGGCCUGCAUCGACAGAGAGGUGGAGGAAGGAUCAGUGCCGUGUGUCGUCUUGGGAUCCCUGCAGCAGAUCGUGAAGCUAAAUCAAGGCCGACCUCGCCGUGGGAAAGGGCUUCUGAUCUCGCCAAAGGACACAAAGAUUGACGAGAACUCACUCGUAGUGGACAUCAGCUAUGAUGUUCUUGGGGACAAAUAUUGCAUCAAGAGCCCUGGAGAGGAAGAGCCCACGAUGAUCUACAGCGGCUGGAACUCGUGCUUUUGCACAAGCGCGUUGGACUUCCGAUCAGAAUACCUGUCCAAGCUCAAAGCCUUUAAGCUGCCAAUACCCCCCAAGAAGUCCUCUACAUGGUGCGUAAAUGUGUCCCUGACUCAAGCCUUCAUCGAGUCGGCGCACUUUGUCCGGGGUGCCCAUGUGGCUUCCCAGAAGGCCUUCAACUCCUUCUACAGCAACACAACGACACACUUGCGGCGAAUGGUCGGCACACGAUGGAAGCCCGUGACACGUGAGGGUUCGGAGAACGAGACGGUGGACACCGGACUCGUUGCAAUUGAGAUCCAUGAAGACAUGGUGUACGGCGCAACCCGCAUCUUUAUAUGUUUCAAUGAAGAGGAUCCCUCACAGCUGUCGCCUGAGCAAGAUUCCGAGAUCACACUGCGCUUGCGGUUGACACAAUUGUAUCCUGUUCGGGAAGAGAAGGCCCAACUAGCAAAGCUUUUCCGACACUUCACUUCAGUUUGUAAGCAGGGGGAUGGACAUUUGCUCAAGUACCAUCGCGUGGAGCUCCUCGCUUUGCGUGUGCUCAGCUUCUUACGGAGUUCAGCUCCUUUGCGAGACUCCAUCAUGGCUGAGAAGGUUACCGAGAAGUCUCGACGUAGGGAGAACACCUUUGACGUCGCGGUCAAAUUCUUGCAAGCGUUUACCGAGCUACUUCCCAUGUAUCGCGAAAUUUUUCUCAGACCUGAUGUGUUCAAGUUCCUGGUGAAGUCUUUGGCUUAUGAGGACAUGGGCAUUUCUGCAUUGCUUGUGAACAUCUACAAGGACAAUCAGGAUGCUGUUCACAAUGUCCUGCCAUCCUUUGUGCGGGAGAUGAUGGAGGUGUUAAAGGAGAACCUAACAGCUCGGCCGAUGGUUUCCUUGGAUGCACUGAAGGUGCUGAAUGCAGUUGUUAGCUUGGGCAAAGACAACUUGGAUGCCCGGAACAACGGCAACAUAAUUGCCAUGGAGUUCCUGAAAGAGAACACGGUGUUCCGCCUGGAGAAUCCAUUCAUUGCCAUGGCGCGUGAUGGGUUUUUGAGCGCCAAGAUCAAUCUGAAAGACAACCGAGACAGAAUCAAGAACUACCUGGAAGCGUUGGAGGCUCGCUCCCAAAAGCGACAGCAGUUGUUGCGAGAGGGCCAGAUGAGCGUGGCUGCUUCGGUAGGAGCUUCGGCUGAGAUUCCGGAAAUCGGCGCCGACACUGCCGCCAGUGCACAAUCCACGGAAAAGGAGCAGGUUACAAUGGACAUGGAUCCAUUAGCUGACGUCAGCAAGCUCGUCUUGGGAACGAACCGGAUGUUUCCAACAACCUUUGCGUUGUCGUCCAUUGAACUCAUGCUGAAGUGCUCGGCGUUUGGGGCGAACAGGACUGUAUUGAGGCACUUCGCCAGGGAGGUGAUAAAGUGCCAGAGGCCAGAGAUGGAAGAAGGAGGCGAUGAGGACGACGACGAGGAUCAUGAGUCACAGUUUGGCAUGGCCAGACAGCGCUUCUUCCGCCAUGUGGUGUACUGGCUGGCAUCAGACACCGAUCAGGAAAUUCCUCUUGUUGUGCAGGAUGGAUAUUUGCGCAUGGUGUGUGUGCUCCUGCAGCCUCACGAGAUCGAGGACAUGCUGCACGACCGUUGGGACAGCAGAUCUCAGAGACUGCGACUGGUGCCUGAGAAGCCAACGCACAUUGUGCUGCUGCUCAUUCAGUGGUUCACUCAGUACCUGAAGCGCUUUCCAGAGCUGCAUGUGUUCAGCCCUCGCAUCUCGCCAGUGGUUGAAGCCAUUGAUGCCCGGGUGACAUACAAUCUGUCUCCGUACUAUAUCCGCGAUCACUUGCUGCUGCUUCUCUUUCAAGUUCUCUCUGCAUACAACGUGCAGAACACGUGGAAAAGGUGGUUCUCAGAGAAGUAUCUGACUGCAGGACCCCCUCCAAAAGAAGUGAUGCUGGGAGGUCCCGCUGACCAGCCACCAGGUCAAGACAAAGUCAUUCUGGACUUUGACUACAUGGUCCUGAACGGCUGCUUCGAAGGGCAGCCGCCAAAGCCUGUGGAACCUGGUCAGGAACCUGUUGUUGAGGAAGCAAAUGACGAGGAGCAGGACGGCCCUGAUCUACUGACUCAGCUGUUCGCAGUCCUUUUCGAUCAGGGAGACUGGUGCCACCGGGAGUGGGAGCUUGAUGAAGAGAUGCGCGUUGUCAUUCAGCAGAUUUUGGACCUGGGCCUCUGUGAUGUUGAGCAGCGUGCUCAAGCCGAUGCCCUGCUUCAGAGAAUCGGGCCCGAGGAGGAGUCAGACGCCCGUGCCGGCUCCAACUUGCCGCGACCGUGGUGGCCGCCUGACCCGAGCUCCAAGUCUGACAAAGUGGAUGCUUUUGAAGACCAGUACCCUCAGGAGGAAGCGGAUAUGGGCGACGCAGAGGUGACGGGAACUGGCCAGUCCGGCUUUCUACAAAGCUCAGGACAAGCUGGCUCUGCUGGAGUUGCAGGUGGCAAGCAAGACGAGUUCGCAGAGCUUUGGCAAGUCACCGCAACUCGCGUCGGCCGACACCUCAAGAUCUCCGAUCAGGACCGCGAGCUGCACUCACGGCACGCGCAGCCCUUCCGCACCCUCGUUGAAGGCGAAGCCAAGUCCAGCGCCGAGAUGGACCCGGUCCUACCACGAGGACUACGAAUGCCUGCAAGCACCAAGCACGUUCGAGAAGAGGAGGAUUUAAAGGAUUUCAUGUACGAGCUCGUCGAGCUGGACGAUAGCAAGCUUGCGGCCAACUUGCGAGUUGACGUGAAUCUCUGGCGUCGCCUUCAGCUUGCGCACUCAAGUUUUGAAUUGAUCGGCACCGAUGAAAAGACAUGGAAUGUGCAGCAAGAUCUGCGGGAGAAGAUGAACUCUUUGGGCAUGAAGCUCUUCUUCGAAGAGAAUGUGCUGAUGGAGCUGAUGAUGGAGGUGCAUGUUACCAUAGAAGCUCGAGAUGUCCGGGCGGCCUUGCGCAUGGCGGGCCAGGCGCUCCGUCCAGGAGGACAAGCCACCCUCAACCUGACGCCGGAGAUGGCCCGCGAUCUGAAAUUCACUGGCGGCACUGUUCGGGUCAAGCAACUACGAGAGGACCAAGGACAAGUCCUUGUUGGACGCUCAGAUGGAUGGGAGGCCUGGGUGAAUACAAAGUUCGUCUUCUCAGCUGACGGGCAGGACGCUGACAUCAAGGAGACGGUGGACAGGGACAUCACAAUGAAUCAAGUGUACUUCGAAGUCGAAGUCAACAACACUGACGUUGUUUUCCUCGAAAACUUCUCGUAUACCCUCGGACGGAAGAAGCUUGUCCUUCAACUUCUUGGAGCCAACACUGUGACCAUGCGGUCACGAUGUCUGCUCGAUAUGCCUGGCAUCACCGUCACUGUCGCCAAUCCUCGGCUGAUAGCUUUGACGAGCCCCACAAGUUUUGAUGCCGACGUCAUACAGAAGGUGGUGAGCGUGGGCAAGCAGCAGCACGCUGUCUCCAAUGAGCCUGGCAUCGAGCUGCAGGACGGGCAGACGCUUGAAGCGCUUGAGUCCAUCGCCGAUAAGAGAGGCCUUGCCCGAAAGGUCAUCCACCACAUGAUGCCGCGAUACAGGAAUAUUCUGGUGGACAUCAUUGAGGAGCAGUGCUUCGGACUGAGCGGUGGCAAUUUGGGACUCGACCGCGUGAGGCUCUCGCGAAUCCUGGAGGCUGAGCAUCAAGAUGUUGUCGCCAUGAUCAACAGAGCGUGCAGCUACGUGAUGCUGGAGCACCUUCUCAUCAAGCUGGAUAUUGAACGUGGAGAUUGGGAGUUGCAGGUUCAAACGACCUUCCCAAAUUUGAUGCCUGUGUUCGAAACCCUCAGCGAAUAUGCGUUCGAUGAGAUCAACGAUUCGGAGGUUCCGCUGGUGCUUUGUCGCGAGCCUGAGGAGGAGCGAAUGGAGACCUUACGAUCGUGGGUCUUGCGAAUUUGCCAUGUCAUUCGGACUGUGGCAUUCACAAAUCAACCUCGCCUCAGCUUCGCGAGUGAUGGCGGACAGGCUGGUUUGGGCGAAGAGGAGGAGAACAUCUUUGAAAAACUCUUCGAUGACACCGGGGAGAUGCUGUUGGCACGCGCGUGCUGCGCUUCCUUGCUCAACAUCCUGCAGGAAAUCUUCACCCGCCAAGACGAUGUCGAGGAGAUUUGGGAGAGGUGGACGCCAGCUCAGCAGACCAGCCACCAGUUCCUGAAGUCGUUUGUCGUGGAGAAAGCAAUGUUCUUUUGCCCCUUCAGUACCGACAAGGGGGACAUGAAAAAGAAGGUCAGGCUGCGACUGGUACGUUUCUUCGAGGAUGCGCAAGUUGAGCCGACGGACCCAUUGCGGCUUGUUCCAGAAAUGCUGUAUCAUCCGGAUGUGUGGUUGCGGCUGGAAGCUUUGAAGCUGGGAUGUAAGCUGCUGGAAGAUGCGGAUCAGAGGCUUCAGGAAGCUUUCCGCAAGUUUGACUCGCCACAGCUCAACCUGCAGAAGGCACUUGCCUACCAAUUCAGCAGCUUCCAUAAUCACGAGCAACACGGCGAUGACGAGACCAGGGUAAUGGACGUCAUGCUCAGGAAAAUUCAGAACUUGUGCGAGGGUCACAACUCUGAGCUUCAGGCGUUCGUUGGUGAAGAUCUGUCGAUUGAAGACAAAGACUUCGCAACUCUGUUGGCAGAAUAUCUGCAGAGGAACGAGGAUGACGAUGAUGACGACCAGGAUCGUGGCAUGGAAGGGCCGACCAAUCUGGUUGAGUGGAUAUGCACCCUCGCUCGGCAGACCAUCGAUCGGAUGAAGUCCGACCAGCAAUGGCAGGUGUCGAUGAGUGGGUCAGAGACGAAGUACUCCAUGUUGAAGCAGCUCUUUGAUACAGCCGCUGAGAUUGUGCAAGGCCCUGACCGCGGCAACCAGCGCUUGCUGCUGGAAAGCGAGAUUCUUCUUGACGUGAACCAGCUCUGGAUCCGACAGCGUACCGAUGAGUUUACCUUCCGGGCGCUCCUCCAGGACAACGAGGACCUCUUCGAGUCCUUCAUGAAGCUGCUGCGAUCCAUGCGCAGCUGCGAAAUCUCUGUCCUGAAGUUUCUCAUGUCCUUGCUCGAAGAAGAAGAGCUUGAUCCAGAAGAUCCGAACUACAGGCAGAAAUCCGAGGAAGUUGUGGAACACAAAGCCUCCACAAUCCGACGCAUGGUGGAGGAGCUGAGCCCCAAGAUCAUCUGCGACAAGGUCAUCACUCACUGGAACCUCUCUCCGGAGGUCCACGACCCCGCCAACAUGAUCAAGCCAGUUCAGGAUGCUGAUGAGGUAGUGGAGAACGACACAGCUGAGGCGGUCAUCCGAACAAAAGGCGAGAAGGAGUCCACAGACUAUACGCUUCCAGAGCAAGAGGAGCACUGCCUGGAGAUCUGCUUCUUAUGCUGGGCGCUCUUCGAGGGAAUCCAACAAGCUCCAGAGUUUUCAAACCGGAAUUUGAUGGAAGGAACUCUGGACCGCAAGAUGAAGAACCCUGUUCUUCACAGUCGCAAUCAGUGGGCCACGUCGAAAACAAAGAUCUACGACACCUUCAACGACGGCGUGAGCAAGAUGCAUCACAGCAAGUAUCUGCACUUCCUUUUCGGCCGAGUCGAAAUUCAGCGUGGUCAGCGAUUGCAGAAGUUGUUCUUCUUGGUUCCUGCAGCCAUUCGAACUUUGAAGGGGCAAUCACUCAUCAAGGAUUGGCAGGAAGGUUGCAUCAAUUCCGUCGACCGAAGCGGCCCCGAAGCCAAACUCCAGGAUUUCUCGGAUGGCGUUUGGGACGAGUACAUUGGCUUCGUGGAACACCAGUACAACCUUUCUCAGAAGCCGUUUCCACUGAACGCAUCGGGAGAGGUAAUGGCUGCAGCGCGCAGCAUCAUCGUGCUCCUCACCAUCAUCAUCACAAGCAGCGUUGCCCUUGUCUAUGACGGCUCCUAUUCCAAAGAGCACCGAAUGGGCGAGUACGACGUGCACUAUGCCAAGGAUUGGUACGUGUGGGUCCUGACCGGCCUCAGCACUGCACAUUUCAUCUGCGCCGUGCUUCUGACUCUUUUCCAUGUUGUUGCAUAUUCCCAGUGGAAGAUCGACACCGGCUUGGACCAGUGGAAGGAGGAAAACCCGCAUUCGCAUCACAGGUUGAAUGGGAUAUUCGGUGCUAUUCUGACCCUCUGGUUCUUCCUCCAGGAUUCUGGCUUGGUGAACAAGCUGUUCUUGGCCGGUAUCUCCUUCUUGGGUCUGCACUUCGAUUUUCUGAUAUUCUCCAUCCAUCUCAUGUACGUAUGCGCGCAGGUUGAGACCCUCGGCAAAGUUUUCGAGGCUCUCUGGAUCACCAAGAAUGAGGUUGUGGGUACAGCUGUGCUGGGCUUCUGCGUCCAGUAUUGCUUCCUGGUGCUUGGCUUCCUGACGUUCCCGAAAGGCUAUGGCUUUGCAGAUAUGGACACCUCGGAGUGCUCAUCGUUGAUGGAGUGCCUGCUCGCCCAUCUGGACUAUGGAUUCCGUUCAGGACCUGUCUGGAAUUCAGCAGAGUUGACCUGGUGGAGGUUCGCUUUCGACUACCUGUACAAUCUGGUGGUGAUCCUGAUCCUGGCUGCCAUCAUCUCCGGGAUCAUUAUUGAUACGUUUGCCAACAUGCGAGCUGACCUGUCCGAGAAGAAUGACGAUCAAGAGAACAACUGCUUCAUCUGUGGCAUCAAUCGGUCACAGAUGGAGAGACAGAUGGUCAAGUUCGAGCAUCAUGUUUUUCAGGAGCACUACAUGUGGAGCUAUGCCCGGUUCCUUAUGUAUCUCAAGCAAGCGAAGGAUUCUGAAUUGAAUGGCCCGGAGUCAUUUGUCAAGGCAAAAGUGACGCAGCAGGACUACACCUUCUAUCCAGUUAAUCGGGCUUUGACGCUGGAUUCGGAUGAUGCAGAGGACUACACGGAGCGACAGCUUCGCAUCAAAGACUUGGAUGAGAUGCGCGGCUCUGUGCGUCAAUGCACGGAGACCUCUCAGCACAUCUUGCAGCUCAAACGGGAACUGAAGACCGUCAUGAAGGAAUCCAAUGAAGCUGUUGCUGACAUGCAGAUGCGCCUGCAGCUACUGACGGGAGAUGUGCACAAGAAGGUUCAAGAAGCGAUGCUUCAAAAGGCAGCUCAACAAGCCGCAGGAGAAAAGUGA